UGUGCUCUGCACAAUUGCACAAAGAUCAUUCAGCAAACUUAACUCUGGACACUCACAAUUUCUAUCGUUUUCGCUAUCAUUUGACAAAGCCAAGAAAAUCGAUGAUUUGAUGGAGAAACUUAAAGAGGCCGUAUGCAGAGAGGAGAGUGAUGCCAGCUCAGAGGACGAGACCAACCACAGCUCAGCCUCAUCUGGAUUCAAAGAGAAAGUGUGCUCUGCAGAAGAUGAUGACAGACCAAUGGAAGCAAGUGCUGCAACAGGCAUCAAGAAAAAUGAUGCUGGGUUUAUUUUGGCAUUAUGUGGUGAUGCAGGUUCAAUUGUGACUGGAUCCAAAAACAUCUUAAUUCCCCAAAAGGAACAUACACAUUUUUCAUCCAUGCUGUACGACUUGUGUGGUCGGCACAUAUCUGUUAUUAACCUGCUCGGCCAACAAGACAUUAUAGAUAUUGAAGAAACAACCCUAAAUAAGGGAAUUAAUGCCUUUCUUUUGUUGAUCAAAAAUGGUCACCAUGAGAACCAUUACAAAUCAGGGCUGCGGUGGUUGGAAAAAAACUUUGGCAGAGAGUCACUGCCUUAUGUAAUGACAGUUGUGACUCGUAGUUUAGGUGAAAAAUGUGAGGAUGCACUAAAAGAUCUGAAAGCCCACGAGAGCUUUGCUGAAAAUAGAUACCACGUGUGUAUAAGGAGUAUGUCAGAGGCAGAGGAGAUAGCCGAGCUGCUGGUAAAAAUAGAGAUUAUGGUUUCUGAAAACAAUCCAUCCUGCUUUACGGGCCGGAUACGUGGUGGAAAUAGAGAGCAAAAAGAGGAUCUGGAGCCCGAACAUCAUGGAUACAAGUCAAUGGAGCCUGCAGUGCUUAAGGGAAACCAAACUGGACAAGAGGUAGAGAUGAGUGCAGCUAAACGAAAGGCUCCAGCUAAUAAACAAAGACCAGCAUCGCCAGUAAAUGAUGAUGACAAUGCAGCAAAUAAGACAGGACGCUCAGACAAGAAUUUGGGACAAAAUAUUGAAAAGAAAGUAAAAAAAGAUGAUGGAAUCCCUCAACACAGCCAACAUCAGACAGAGAUCGAGACAUUGCUUAACAGACUACAGCUAAAAGAAAAGUUUCCACGGAAAAUGUCUCCAGGAGAUUUUCUUCACAUUGGUCUACCUUUAACACCGGACCAUGACAUGUCUGAGAAAAAUCUGGCGUAUUCUUUUCUUCAGAAGUUGAUAAAGUUAGAUCAUAGAGCCAGAUACAUUCCUGUUAAACAAGAAAGUCUUCAAGUUACUCAUGCAAAACACGUACCUGACUCUGAUGGUAAUGAUUCAGAUGAAAAUGACUUAGACUAUUUUUUGAGCUCCAGUUCAGAAACAAGUGAGCCAGCUCAAACUCAUAUCCAUCCAAUGGAUGUUCAGAUGGCAGUGUUUCACUGCUCGGACAGCUACCUCAGGCAGAUCAUGGUGACAAAGCUUUCACAGUGCCAGUAUGCUUUACCUUUUCUUGUUCCCGACCCAUUGACAAUGGAGAUUGAGUGUCCUCUUUGGGCAUUCAGACAAAUAACUAAAACAUGGAAGGAAACCAAAGGGGAUUCACACACCACCACAAUGAAUAUUCAAAUCUGCAAUGCCAAAACACCCUUGGUAUCUUUUUUCCGCCUGGGAUCACUCUCAGUCUCUAAGUCCCAGUUGAUGAACUCUUUGAUCAAUGACCGCCACAGCACAUUCUUCCACAGACACAGUCCUGGUAGCACCAAGACUCGCCAUUUAUUAGACGGUGUUGCUGAAAUUACCUGGUACUGCCCUAAUGGAAAACCCAAUGAUGCCUUCAAUAACUGCAUCGCUUUCUGUAACCUUCAUGGCGAUGCUGUGAUGAUUGAAAAGCAGCGUCAAAUACUGACUGAGAUGUCAUCGAUCAAUGUUGUGAUGGUAAACAAUCUGCAAAAAGAUGACAAGAGUUGGCCAGUUAUAUCAGCCCUACUGAGGUCCAAAAAGCCUCUGAUUUGCCUCCUUGUUAAAGAUGACUGCAAAGUAAUGGAGAGCAAAAAGGGCAAAUUCAAAAUGGGGCUCAAAGAAAGGAACCAGGCAGAUGUUUCUAAAGAACUUAAGAGAAUCAUUCAAGAACUUUUGUCUUCAGAUGAUCCUUUGAUUUUGAAAACAAUCUUCCAGCUCGAAACCAUGGUUGAGAACACUGGGAUCCAAGUGGAUGAAGUUGAUGAUGUGUGCCAAAAUGGAAAAUUAGCUGCUGUGGAAAUAGUUAACUUGCUACCAAAAAAUAAUAUUUUAAGCAUUAAGGACAAGUUUCUUCCCUGCCAAGGCCAUUUGUGGCAUGUGUGGUGCAAAACAAACAAAGAACUCCACCGUCUCACAGGAAACAUUGAAAAUGACAAAUCCCAAAAAGAACAAGAAAUGACUAGAAUCCGAGAGAAACAGUGUGCUGCUUCUUGCAGUAAUCUGAUGAAGCUGUUCACUAAGAGCCUCUUCACACUCCCAUUAAAAGACAAAGAAUAUUUCCUGAAAUGGACUCAGAUCCUAACAGAUGACCUCUCCACAGAUGCUACUUAUUCAAUCUUUCAAAGCUAUGACCGGAAGUGGUCUGAGGUCCUGGCUUUGAAGAACAGGCCCAAUAAACCAAACAAUUUAGAAAAAGAGGAAAAAGAGCUUGAACGCUUAUCAAAACAACUGCAGUCUGCAACAUUUGGCUUGGAGCACAUUUUUAGAGAGAUGGGACAGAUCUAUGAAGCCCAUAAUGCAAUCUAUGGAGAGACCAGAGAGGGUGAGUGGCGUAGAUACCCUGAACUGGCUGCAUGUCUGCUGAUCUCUGGACAUCCUUUGGAAUUGAUGGAUGGGGAUGCGGGUCAUGUUCCUUUGAAAUGGAUCUCCAGUGUUUUGGACAAAGUUAAAAUGCAACUGGGAGACCUAAAGGUGUUUGUGUUGUCAGUUCUGGGCUUACAGAGUAGUGGCAAAUCAACAAUGCUGAAUGCCAUGUUUGGUCUACAGUUUGCAGUGAGUGCUGGGAGGUGCACCAAAGGGGCCUUCAUGCAGCUGAUCAAAAUAUCAAAGGAAAUCAGGCAAGACUUUAACUUUGAUUACUUCCUAGUGGUGGAUACCGAAGGACUUCGGGCUCUAGAGCUGGAAAGUUCCACUACUCCUAAUCAUGACAAUGAACUGGCAACAUUUGUUGUGGGAGUUGGAAAUUUGACUUUAAUCAACAUCUUUGGAGAAAAUCCAACUGAGAUGCAAAAUGUUCUGCAGAUUGUGGUUCAAGCUUUCAUGAGGAUGAAGAAAAUUAGAGUCAGUCCAAGUUGCGUGUUUGUUCACCAGAAUGUUACAGAUGUUGCUGCAGCAGAGAGAAACAUGGACGGAAGGAGACGCCUUCAAGAAAAACUAGACCAAAUGGUCCAACUAGCAGCCAAAGAAGAGGACUGCGAUGUCAGUUGCUUUAGCGAAAUGAUUGAGUUUGACAUAAAGAAAGAUGUGCACUACUUAGCCCAGCUCUGGGAAGGAAGCCCACCAAUGGCUCCCCCAAACCCAGGUUACAGUGAGAGCAUCCGAGAACUGAGGAAACAUAUUCUCUCCAAAGCAUCACGGUCAAAUGGGAUCAGUCUUUCGCACCUUAAGGCACAUGUUCAGGACCUGUGGGAGGCGCUCUUGGAUGAAAACUUUGUUUUCAGUUUUAAAAAUACACUAGAAAUGGCGGUGUACAGAGAAAUGGAGGUAGAGUAUGGGAACUGGACUUGGCACAUCAGAAAAGACUUGUUGACUAUUGAAAACCAGCUAUACAACAGAAUAGAAAACGGAGACCUGAACAAGCUUGAUUUAAGCUCUAUUAGUACAGAAACAAUCAAAACAUGUGAGGAAAUCAAAGAAGAGAUGAUUAAAUAUUUUGAGAAUGAGGAGAAAAAGGACAUUUUGGCUCAGUGGAAAGGCCGAUUUGAGAACAAACUCAAAGAGUUUCAUGAUGAACAAGUGAGAGAAGUCCAAGGAAAACUGCAAGGAGUGAUUCAGCGAAAAAACACUUUGAAAAAGAUGGACAGUAUGAAGAAAGGGUUUGAGGAGAAACUCCUCCAGAAGAGCAAAGAUAUCAGUGAAAAGCUAAAGGACAAGGCCAAAGAUGAAACUGAACUCAAAAAGGAGUUUGACUCAGUCUGGGAAAACUGGGUGCUUGAUUUAACAAAAGGUUUAAAGCCCAUUGAGGACAUCAACUUGGAAAAUGAUCUGUUCAGUAUCCUUAAAAACCUUGGUAUAGAGGAGAAAAUCAUUAAAGAAUGCAAAGAUAAUGGGAGAUAUAAAGUUAUACCAAAAAUUGAUGACUAUUCGAGUUAUUUAAAUAACUUUAAGAUGCAAAAAAAACAAGGAAACCACUCAAGAGAGUUAUAAAAAAGAAGACAAUCUAA